UUAAGGUCCCUUCCACCCCAAACCAGUCUGGGAUUCUGUUUGGAAGUUUAAGUAUGGUGUGAAUGCUCAUGGGAAAGACUGGGAUAAUCAAAUACAGAAGCAGCUGAACUAUCUUUCAAUAUUCAAAUAAUACGCUUUGCUCAGGCUAUUAUGCAAACUUUUCUUCUUCUGAGAUUAAAAUGCAAAGUACAUUUAAACACACCCUCUGGAGAGCAGGGUUUAUUCCUAUAAACUGGGGGGGGUUAACAGAACCCUUCUCUCUCCUCCUGAGCACACAAGCCCAGCUACUUGGAGCUCCAGUGCAGCAUCCUGUGGCCUGUUCAGACUGAAAAGGCUCAUUUAUUGUGCCAGUGAUUGCAAAACAGUUUCCACUAUCGGUGUGUGGUUUUUCCUUUGGCCUUUUUUCCUUUUUCUCCUCCUUUCUUUUUAAGAUCUUGAGCUUUGACUCAUCCAAACUUACCUGUGGUUGAACAAGGCAAGCCUUGUAACUCUAGAGCUGUUUGAAUGAAGUUUUACAGUGGCAGAUUUCUGUGGAUUGUAGAGGGAGAGUAACUGAAGUGUUGCUAGGCUUGGCUUAUUCUGUGCAAGUGCUGGCAGUCUCUCACUGAAAAGGGAAGAUUUCCAGCCACUAUGGCCAUGGAAAUAAUCUCAUUGCUUUUCUCCUAGCACAAACUUUGCUUUGAAGGAUGAAAGGGUAUUGAUGAUUCCAGCUGUAUCUGAAGGUUGGCUCGUUGAGAAGAGCUCUCCUGAGUUCCUGCAGUGUGCAUGGAUUCAUAAUUCCCGUGCAGUUUUGCUCCAAGAACAGGUCAAUAGCUGACUGCUCUCCAGGUAUUGAUCCUGAGGAGUUCAAUGAGGCAUGGGGUUGGCUCAGAGCAGCAGCCUGAGCAGGGUCUUUAUCAUUUCUGAGGAGGGAUGUCAGAUCAGCCUUGGCAGUAGAACAGUUCAGAGGGACACCAGGGCACUGCCAGCUCCCUCUGCUCGUGCUGCUGGGAGUUCUGUGUCUCCCCAAGCCUGGAAACCCUCCUGCUGUAAGUGCAGCCAUGCAUGGCUGCUUCUCUUGCGUGCCCACGGGCCAGGAUGGUGUUUUGCCUUGAUCCAGCACUGGCUUCUUCCUUCCCCAGACUCCUGGUGACUUCAGCUCCUAAUCCUUUAAGCCACUCUGUCCUGGAUCUCAUUAGAAGCCCAGCACUCUCCAGGGGAUGGAGCAGCAUUGCAAAUGGGUCAUUUCUCUGAAACAGUGCAAGACACUUGUGUAAAUAAAUAAGUACACUGUUUAAACCGGCCCUUUGGGGGCUUCUGACGACAUUUAUUUACAGGCUGGCUGCUGGAAACACUUCUUGCCCUGCAGUAGCCCCUGAAUGCAUUUCUGGUAAGCAGAAAUUAUUCUGGGGAGCAGCCUGCCCUGUGUUUGCAUGUGAAGCAGCCCCAAGAGCUGCUCUGGAAGCACCAAGUGUAAAGGCACUUGCAGACAAAGGCAGGUAUCACUCAGUGACCCCGUGAGGAUGUUCUGGAGUUGUUGUGCACACACUGAGAGGCCACAGGCUGCUUUCAGUGAGGACUGACUCCUAACCAAGCACAGCAAUAAAGAGCAGCUGUGUAAUGCUGGGUAGGGUUUCCAUGCAGUAAAUAGUUCUGCUGGUCCCAUAAGUGGGGGUGUGACAUGGAGGAAAAGGAAGGGUGGAAACCUGGAUGUUCUUGUGUUACCUGUGAUUUAAGAAAAGACUGCUGCAUUUAGAGGAGAUGAGGGAAUGAGGGGAAUAACUAGUGGGUGUGUGUCAGUGGGACAAUUAGCAUUUCCAUCAAGUGAGUGCCAGUUGGCUCUGGAAUUAAUCAAAUACAGCUCCUUCCCUCCCUUCCCACUCCUCCCCUUGGCUUUUGCUGUUUGCCUCUGUGACUUGUCUGUGCUUCUCUGGCCUCAGAGAGAUAACGUGGAGCCCCUGGGAUCCCAGCACCACUCAAUUUACCUUUCUUGCCUUUCCCUGUUCCCAACUUGAAUUUCCUUGUACUCUGUGUCAGACUUUUCCCCAGGGAUUCCUUGAAAUCUCCUCAAACAUUCUUUUUGAAUUGUUUUGAGGUUGUUGGUUUUUUUUAAAUAAAAACAACCAUGAUGAGACAUUUAUAUUUGAUUCCCUGCUAAUCUCUAUCCCCAGUCAGGAUACUUGGAAUAAGAAUAACAAAGACACAGUACCUGGGCUGGCAGAGUCAGGAUGCUCACUGAAUUCUUGGGAGAGGCAGUGUACACAGAGGUGGUUGGAAAGCACCAUGAAAAAAGCUCAGAUCCACACAAAAGACUGUCAGAAUUCCCCAUUCUCCAAUAUUUUCUUGCUAGGAUAUACACAGCAGGUCCUGUAUAUAGGGAUACAGCAAAUAAUUUACCUUGAACUAACACAUCUGUCCAUACCCCAGUCCUGGCAGGUUCCUUUCAAUCCCUUAACAUACCCCUGAACAAUCACCUGGUUUUCCUCCCCCCCAGAGUACUCCAAACCACUUUUUGGAUUUGUGGGAAUUGUGCUUCUCUUCUCCUUGGGGAGGCUGAGAUGGGGAGACUUUUACCACAUCCUCCUAAAAGCAGAGCAGUUCAGAUGAGCACCCUUCCUCUCCCCCCUCUGCAGCCACUCAGGCCUGAUUACAAAACACAUAAAUAGACAUUGAGAUGAGCAGAUAAAAAUGGUGCUGUUUGCCAGCUUCCAGCCCAACUUGCCAAGGCUGGACAACGUGUGUGUACACACGAGCACGCCCCGGCAGCCAACAGCACGGCUAAUUCCUGGGAGGGAUCACCAGAUGGAAGGGAUGGACUGGCAGCUGUGCUCAGGAGGAGGAAGAGCCACUCCGGGCUGCCUGCUGGAUUCUUUCCAAAAUGCUUUGGCAGUUUGACUCAUCCAUAUACAGAGGCUGGGGGGAAAAAAAAAAAAAAUAAUCACAAAGAAUGUCACUGGGCUGAAGGCGAGGGUUUGGAGCUGUGCCAGACAUCCAUGAGCACAGCUCUUACCCAUUUGCCUCCUCAUUUAUGCACUGAGGUAUGAAAGAACUUAAACAAAACAUCUUAUGGUCACUGUGGUUUAAGAAAUGCAUCUUCUGCACUGUGUGUUUGAAACCCAGUUGUUUGUUGCCCAAAAAAACAUUUCUUCAUAGUAAAAGCCUCUGCUGCAACCCAGUAGCUCAAUUUCCUCUCUGACACUCUUUGCACCUUCAGUAGCAUUCCAUUAUUUGUUUGUUGUUUCUGGGCUUUAAAUGAUAGUCAGCAUACCUCAUACACAAAAAAAGCCCCAGCAAAUAAAACAGCAUAAAACCCCAGAAGUGCAAGGAAAAGGCAGGCAUAGACCCACUGGUGAAAACACAGUACCUGCCCUGGUCCUUUUCAUAUCCACCUGAGAGCUGCUUAGGCUCACCCAGAACCUGAGGUUCUGAGUAAUCCUGCUCUGCCAGCCACCUCUGGGUUUUUGGGGAUGACUUGGACCCAGAGAGUCACUUUAGGAACCCCCAGAGCUCAAAUCUUGUUCUUAGUAACACACUGGUGUCCUCAUGUCCAGGUUUGCUUUGAUUUACACAGAACCAGGAAGAGAUUUUGUGUUUAAUUGACACAAAAUCUGGGUCACACUACUUAAGUUUACAGGCUUGGAUCUGUAGCAGAGAGCAAGUUUUAGCAGCUUCAGAAGUUUUCCAAGGGGAGCCUUUAGGAGAAGAGCCUGCCAAAAUUUGCACUGAUGCGCAUCGGAUUUUGGGGUUACCAGAUUCAGGGAACUCAGUGGAGCUCCCUGAACAAAAACAGGUUGGGAUUUCUGGAUAUUGUUUUAGCUCCAGCACAAGCAGAGUGGGAGAUGGGAAUGGCAGGAGUUGGGAACCCAGGCAGAAUUAAUUUUUUGCCUAAGAAAAAAAAUUACACAUGGUGACUUUCAAGUCUUGCUCAAUGUUGCUGUGAUGCAGAAAGAGAAAAUGAAAAGUGCAUUUGAUUUGGGCCUGUUUUCCCCUUUCUGUAACUGUGGCAAUGACACUGCUGCCUGUUUGACUCACCACUAUUUCAAAGCAGCAUUAAAGUGACUAACAGCUGAAAAAUGUGUGUGUCCUUCUCCUCCCAGCUCAGGGCUCACUUCUGUGGAAGGCCCCUGACGGCCACACAUGGCUCUACAUGGGCAGAGGACUCUCUUAAUGAGCCAAAUUUCAACAUCAUUUAAUGGAUGCCCUGCUGAGGAGCAAUCCUGGAGCUUGCAGGUGCUGUCAGGGGGUCAGUGGUCUCAGCACCGUGGUUUUAAGGAUUUCACAGAGCACUUACCCAAAUCCUGGGUUUUGGACAGCAGAGUUUGCCAUGUCUUGGGUCUAGGUGCUGUAGAGGUACAGAUCAGUUUAGGAUCUGACAGAUUAAACAGCAGGGGUAGGUGGAAUAGAGUUCUUGUGGCCUGGCAGGGGCUGAGAAGUCUGUUCAAGUGCUCCCCACUUUUAACACUGGCACUCGAAGAGCAAAGAUAAAUCCACCAAAAUCCAAGAAAUUUGGCACUCCCAAAGCACAGCCUGCUUGUGUGUGGUGGGGAAAGACUGUUGUGAAUUUGGGGUUCUGGGAUGAAGAUGGAGGGAUUUCAGGUCUAAUCCCUUGUCCUUAAGUAACUGCUUCCCUUCAUGGCCCCGUGCCAGGCAGGGUGAGGCAGAAUCCUCUUAGCCCAUAGCUCUGCUGGCCGUGUGACUGCACCUGGAAAUGACAGGGGCUAUAAUUAGAUGUGGGGCUCACAUUUGCCCCUGCAGUUUCCUCAGGCAUUUGUCAGGGAAGGAAGCAGCAGCCCUGUAAGUGAGACCCUUGGCAGAGGAGAGCCCUGACAGCUCCUGCUCCGUGCUGGAAACACUGCUCUGGCUGCCAGCAUCAGCUGGGAAACACUGCAGGACUUGACCCUCACAAAGGGACAUUGGGGUCCUUGCUUGGUUGGACUGGCUGAACAAAACCCUCAGCUUGUUACCUCAGUUCAAGGUGGAGCUGUUUGAAGAGCUGCACAGCUCCUGCAGCUGGCUGUAAGAGAGAUGUCUGUGUGAGGGAGGAAGCUGCAUCCUCUGGAGCAGCUGCUUUGGAUCUGUAUAAAACCAAGGCUGGUGGAUUUGGUGUGUCUGGGGAGGAAAAGACCAGCCAAUAGCAAACUGUGCUAACCUUUGUGUUUUUAAUCACACACUGUCCUGCUCAGCACAACAGCCUGGGGAGGCACAGAAUAAAAUCUCUCCCUGUGUCCCCUGGCAAGGGGAUAUUUUUUCAAUGGGACAUGAGAGCUCCCUUCUGACAGUCAGGACAAUUGGCUGAAUUUGCUGUGCACAGCCUCGUCCUUAGGCUUCUGAUAUUCACAUUUUGCACCGGGCUGGAGCCCUUUGUGCCCCAGAACAGCUAAAUGGGAACUUUACCUGAGCUCUUUUUAUGGCUCCUGGGCCAUUAGGAAUACAAAGCUGAACACUUGGCUGAUCCCGAGCAUGAAAAAGCACAAAACACAAAAGCUGGAUAGUUAAUGGGAAAAUUGAGCUAAUUCUCCCUCAGACUGUAAUUUCAAGCCUUGUAUAAGUGGAGAAGUGGGACUUGGUCUGUUGAAAUUAAGAGCCUUCCCUUCAAUCCGGGAGGGAGCAAUCUGGGAGCAGCGGAACGCUCUGAUCUUGUCUGCAGGUUCUGCACACAGCAAAAAACUGUUGGGUUGUUGUUUGCUGGGUUAUGGGAGAGAAACUGGGAAACCCAGCAGGUGACUGCAGAAACCUCAGCUUCCUAGGAAGAAGUACUCUUCUCCAUCCCAGAAUUCUGCCCAGGUGUGAGCACCCAGUAUUGGUUGUGCAUAAACUCUGGGGCGUGUUGCUGCAGGACAUCCCUGAGAAAGGUCAGCUCCUGGUGGGAUAGAAAUGAAGGAAUGCUGUGGAGUAACAGUUGUGAUGGUCUCUCAGACUAACAGGGAUGCCAAAGGAAAAAUAUGAUCCUCCAGAUCCUCGCAGAAUUUACACCAUCAUGUCAGCGGAAGAGGUGGCCAACGGGAAGAAGUCGCACUGGGCUGAAUUAGAGAUCUCGGGGAGAGUGCGGAGCCUGAGUACGUCGCUGUGGUCGCUGACACACCUGACUGCUCUGCACCUCAAUGACAACAACCUUACUCGCAUUCCACCUGAUAUUGCCAAGCUUCACAAUCUGGUUUACCUGGAUCUGUCAUCCAACAAACUCAGAAGUUUACCAGCAGAACUAGGAAACAUGGUGUCUCUCAGGGAAUUGCUUUUAAAUAACAAUCUGUUACGGGUUUUGCCUUAUGAACUUGGACGGCUCUUCCAGCUGCAAACCCUGGGUUUGAAAGGCAAUCCUUUAUCCCAAGAUAUUCUCAGCCUCUACCAGGAUCCAGACGGAACCCGAAAGCUACUGAACUACAUGCUUGACAAUCUAGCAGUUCACCCAGAGCAGCUGCCUCCAAGGCCAUGGAUUACUUUAAAAGAACGAGACCAAAUUCUGCCCUCAGCUUCAUUUACAGUUAUGUGUUACAAUGUGUUGUGUGAUAAAUACGCCACCCGGCAGCUCUAUGGCUACUGCCCGUCUUGGGCACUCAAUUGGGGAGUACAGGAAAAAAGGGAAAUCAUGGAAAGAAAUUGUGUUUGUGUACAAUUGCAGGAAGUGGAAACGGAGCAAUACUUCACCCUUUUCCUGCCAGCCUUGAAAGAACGGGGAUACGACGGAUUCUUCUCUCCAAAGUCACGUGCCAAAAUCAUGUCCGAGCAGGAGAAGAAGCAUGUGGAUGGCUGCGCCAUAUUCUUCAAAACAGAAAAGUUCACGCUGGUGCAGAAGCACACGGUGGAGUUCAACCAGGUGGCCAUGGCCAACUCGGAGGGCUCGGAGGCCAUGUUGAACAGAGUGAUGACCAAGGACAACAUCGGAGUCAGCCGUGGUGCUGAGGUGCACAAGGAAUGGUUUGGAGCAAGUAUGAAGUCUCUUCACGUGGACAAGCAGCUGCUCAUCGUGGCCAAUGCCCACAUGCACUGGGACCCCGAAUACUCAGAUGUGAAACUCAUCCAGACCAUGAUGUUCGUCUCAGAGCUGAAAAACAUCCUGGAGAAAGCCUCAAGCAGGCCCAGCAGCCCGACAGCAGAUCCCAACUCUAUCCCUCUGGUGCUGUGUGCGGAUCUUAACUCUCUGCCUGACUCAGGUGUGGUGGAGUACCUGAGCAAUGGCAUAGUAGCUGACAACCACAAGGACUUCAAGGAGCUGCGCUACAACGAGUGUCUGAUGAACUUCAGCGCAACUGGCAAGAACGGAGCCUCAGAGGGCAGGAUCACGCACGGCUUCCAGCUCAAGAGCGCCUACGAGAACAACCUGAUGCCUUACACCAAUUACACUUUUGACUUCAAAGGUGUGAUUGACUACAUUUUCUACUCCAACACUCACAUGAACGUGCUGGGAGUCCUGGGGCCCUUGGACCCUCAGUGGCUGGUGGACAACAACAUCACGGGCUGCCCGCACCCGCACAUCCCCUCCGACCACUUCUCGCUGCUGACGCAGCUGGAGCUGCAGCCGCCGCUGCUGCCGCUGGUGAACGGCGUGCACCUGCCCUCCCGCAGGUAGUGCUGCCCCACGCCUGCCCACGGACCUGUACACUUGUAAAUCCCUCUGUAUAGGAGUGAAGUAUGGCCAACCUCCAGCUGCUUCUUCGAGCUCCUUUCCUUAUGUGUUUGAUAUGAGAUUUUGCACAUUUUGGUGCAUAUUGGUAUCAUUUGGCACUAGGGCUGGAACCAAAGUAUUAUUCCCCUUUCCAGGUUUUUAAUUUAAUUUUUGUUUCUGGUUUUUUUUGUUUGUUUUGUUUGUUUCCUUUUUUUAAAUUUUACUUUAAACUGGCUUUUUCUUUUCAGUAGGAAGCUGCACUUCUAAACGGACAAAAGAGAUUUAAAAACUUACAUUUAACGUGUUUCAAGGUAAUGCUUUUUUCCAGAACGUGGCAAAUUGAGCCAGCCUUUUAGGAGGAAGAAAAACAAAACUAGAGAUGCUUGUUUUGUAGGAAGAAUAUUAGAAAUACUGUUUGUUUGAAUCCAAAAUGGAGACUCAACUCUGCAUCCAACGUUAAUUUUGCACAUUAGCAAAGCACUUAAUACCUGACUAUAAAUGAUUGGCAGCAUGGCCCUGCCCCUCAUCUCAGUACUAUCAGAAAAACCAAAGAUAGCCAAGGAUCUGUGAUCAAAUUCAAGCUCUAAAUCCUCCUGAUUCCAAUUUCUUUGGGAGCUGUUGUCAGUCAGGGCUGAAGUAAAAAGCUGCUGGUUCCUUCCCAAAUGUUACUGCUCUUUAGAUGUGUUGGAAAUCCUUGUUUUCUUUCCUUUUAAUGCUCUGGGUGGCCAGUUCAAAACCUUGUGCCUCAAGAGGCAUUAAACAUGAUGCAAUUUUCUGAAAAAAAAAACCUGUUUGGCUGCUUAAUGUUUAAAAAAAAAAAGGCACAGCGAUAGGAAAAGGUCGUGUCUGUGUUUUUAAGUUUUUCUUUAUUCUGCUUUUUUGCUGCUAUAAGAUUUUCUUGAAUUUCUAUUUGAAACUUUUCAUGCACUUUACUGUUUCUAGUCUCCAAAUGUGAUAUUUUUAAUAAAUGAAAAGCAUUUUCCAUGAUGUGAAUGAAAUUUUUAAGCAGAUUGAUAAGCCUAUAUUUAUGUCUCAUUCGUAUACUUCAAAAAAAAGUCCAAUUUGAAUUGUGAAAUUAGUUUUAAAUACUAAAGAGCCAUCUUCUGUCUUGCAAAACUGCCAAGUCAGGCUGUUCCUCUUUAACUAAACAUUUCCUUUGUCAUUUUAUACACAGGAAAUUUUCCACAGGGGGGAAAAAAUCUAUCAAUUGGACUUAGAGGAGAAACUAUUCCCUGACUCUGAUGGGGGCCAGGGAGGGGGUGGAGCGGGCCAGAAUGCAAAAAUGGGUUCAGCAAAGUGACAACUCCCUUGGAAAAGUGCCUAAAAAAUGGGGGUGUCAUCUGUGGUCUGGGAUCAAUUGGGAGCUGGGGGAAAUUCCUGCACAGCACUUGCUUUGUGCAAAAACAAAACAAAAAAAAAUGGGGAAGGGGAAUAAAAAGAAAGCCCUUUCCAGAGCUGGAUUUUCCUCUGGGUGCAAGGAACAUACCUCAGCAUUCCCUACCUGGCCAUGGCACAUGGAUUGGAGAGCACUGGAAAGUAGAAUAGCAUGAAAAACUUAAUUUUGUGGACAUUACCUUUCUGUAUUGAGCUGCUGUAUGUUUUGUGGGGAGGGGCUGCUCUGAGCUGCUCCUCCUGUUCCUCCACGCACGGUGAUCCCAGCGUGAGCAGUGUUUCCUAACCAUACUUCACUCCCAACGUUUUCUGAGCUGUUUGUAUAAAAUGGAAUUUCCAAUUCGCCCGUGAUUGUCUAUGAACUGCAGAGGAGCCCGUUUAGUAAUAAAAAUCCAAACCCAGCACCAAUGUUUUGUAAUAUGGGGGUGGGAGAGGACGGGGAGGGGAAAACCCAAACCUUGGCAAAUGUUGUAAGCUGCUCCAGCUGGAUUUUCCUUGGCUUUCCAGCCAUGGGAGUGUUCCAUUGCAGGAAGGUGUUCCAUUGGAUUUUCUCUGCUGCACUUCCCAACGCUCCUCAUGCCGUGUGGUUUGGAACAGAAAAAGUGUUACUUUUAACAGACAUUGCACAAAAAAAGCCAGUCUUGUUCAUGUUUCAGUCAUGUUUACCUGCCUCUCCUGUGUGGCUCCCUCCUGGUUCUCCCUUCCCAGCAGGAGCAGUGAGGGGAUGGGGCUUUUUUUCCCAGCCUCAGUUCCCAGCAUGUUGCAGGCAAUACCUGGAAAAAAGGCUCCAAGCCCUUCCCUGCUCCUCCCUGCCUCGGUUUGCUGCCCAAAACACGGUGCCUGGUGUCCACUGCUAAGGGACAGCACUGCCUAAAGCCAGCAGAGAAAACAAAAUCCAACACCCUUCUACAAGCAACUUUUUAAAUCUCAACCUGGUGAAUCUGUCCGAUACGGGGUUUUGUGUGUGUAUAUAUAUAUACAUAUAUAUAUAUAUAAAAGAGAAUUUUGUACAAUGGA